AUGGAGCCAUUACGGGCGUGGUCGUCCACCUUCACCGUUUCAAAGAAACCCGAUCAGGUGCGGAAGAUGAUCAGCGUCUGUCAGGAAAAGCUGCUACAAAUCAAAGAUCAAGAGGCGAAAGUGAAUCGUCUACAAUUGGAAUUGGAACACAUGCAUCUCAGUUCAGAUCUCUCGGCGGCACAGAUGAAAAAAGCUAAUGACGCUUUCGAGAAAUUCGCUAAGGCAGAUGGAUUAUUGGAAACUUUGUCAACAUACGGUUGGGCGCGAAUUGUGACGAAGAUCAGCGAAGCAAUGAACGUGCUGACGGGACAUGACGAAACUGAUGAGGAGGCGUUGGUGGCCAAAGGAAUCGAGCAGUGGAUUCGAAGGCUAGUCUUGUCCGAGCUGAUAAAGUUGACUAGAGAGGACCGUACUAAACGGCUGCUGAAAUUACACCAACAACUCCAAAUUCAGGACAACAAUUUAUCUUUUAUCGAGAAAGAUCCGUUGAAAAAAAGCGAUCCUGAAAAAAGGAUUGGACAUUGUCGAAAACGAAUGAGCACUAUGUCGGAGGAGACCGAGCCGACGUCGACAUUAACGUCAAAAGCUGAAGAGGAUCUGAAUCGGGAACUCGAAGGCGACUGGUGUACGGUAGGCGACGUGGACUCGCUCGACAAAGAGGUGCAACGAGCUGAGCGAGCAGUAGAGACGGCUCGCAACGCAACAUGA